ACCUAAUCCAAGAAACCUGCAGUGGACAGCAGCCCACGAGGUCCUGAGAAACCUUGGCCUGGAGGAGAACACAUGAAAAGAAGAACCCCAGGAGGCUUUGUGUUCUGUGGGAAAAGUAUUUCUAUACAGUUGCUCCAAUGACGGAGUUACCAGCACCCCUGUCCUACUUCCAGAAUGCACAGAUGUCUGAAGAUAACCACCUGAGCAAUGCUAAUGACACCAGAGAACGGCAGCGUCAUGAGCACAGUGAGAGGCGGCGGCAUGGCAACCCAGAGCCGAUAUCAAAUGGACAGCCCCAGGGUCACACGCGGCAGGUGGUGGAGCAAGAUGAAGAAGACGAUGAAGAGCUGACAUUGAAAUACGGCGCCAAACAUGUCAUCAUGCUCUUCGUUCCAGUGACUCUCUGCAUGGUGGUGGUUGUGGCUACCAUCAAAUCUGUCAGCUUUUAUACUCGCAAGGAUGGGCAGCUAAUUUAUACACCAUUCACAGAAGACACCGAGACUGUGGGUCAAAGAGCCCUCCACUCGAUUCUGAAUGCCACCAUCAUGAUCAGUGUCAUUGUCGUCAUGACCAUCCUCCUGGUGGUUCUGUACAAAUACAGGUGCUAUAAGGUUAUCCAUGGCUGGCUUAUUAUUUCAUCCCUACUGUUGCUAUUCUUUUUUUCAUUCAUUUAUUUGGGGGAAGUGUUUAAAACCUACAAUGUUGCCAUGGACUAUAUUACUGUUGCACUCCUGAUCUGGAACUUCGGUGUAGUGGGGAUGAUUUCCAUCCACUGGAAAGGACCGCUUCGACUCCAGCAGGCAUAUCUCAUUAUGAUCAGUGCCCUCAUGGCCCUGGUGUUCAUCAAGUACCUCCCUGAAUGGACUGCCUGGCUCAUCUUGGCUGUGAUUUCAGUAUAUGAUUUGGUGGCUGUUUUGUGUCCAAAAGGUCCACUUCGUAUGCUGGUUGAAACUGCUCAGGAAAGAAAUGAAACCCUCUUUCCAGCUCUUAUUUACUCCUCAACAAUGGUGUGGCUGGUGAAUAUGGCAGAAGGAGACCCUGAAGCCCAAAGGAGAGUAUCCAAAAACACAAGUUAUAAUGCACAAGGCACAGAAAAUGAGUCCCAAAACUCCGUUGCAGAGGCUGAUGAUGGAGGCUUCAGUGAAGAGUGGGAAGCCCAAAGGGACAGUCACUUGGGGCCUCAUCGGUCUACGCCUGAGUCACGAGCUGCUGUCCAGGAACUUGCCAGCAGUAUUCAACCUAGUGAGGAUCCAGAGGAAAGGGGAGUCAAGCUUGGAUUGGGAGAUUUCAUUUUCUACAGUGUUCUAGUUGGUAAAGCCUCAGCAACAGCCAGUGGAGACUGGAACACAACUAUAGCCUGUUUUGUAGCCAUAUUAAUUGGCCUGUGCCUUACGUUACUACUCCUCGCCAUUUUCAAGAAAGCGUUGCCAGCUCUCCCAAUCUCUAUCACCUUCGGGCUCGUUUUCUACUUUGCCACAGAUUAUCUCGUGCAGCCCUUUAUGGACCAGUUAGCAUCCCAUCAGUUUUAUAUUUAGCAUAUUUGCUAUUGGAAUCUCA